AUGACCUUUUUCCAGCGGGUGAAGAAUCUACUCUAUGACAUCCCAAAUUUUUUUCUCUGUGAUGUUGUCUUCCAACCAUAUGCACAAGUGGCUUCUGAGUUCCUCCAUCGGGACGUGACCGUGCCAGAUCUCUUACGCCAGGCUUCCAUUUGGCUCAUGAAGACAGACUUUGUCUUACAUUAUCCAAAGCCGUUGAUGCCCAACAUGAUUUUGGUCAGUGGAGUAAACUGUGCUUACAAGAAGCUAAAUCAGUUUCAUGGCUGUUUAAACUUUGCUGGCAGCACAAAGAAAAUGGCUUCUUCAAAUCCAGGGCUUCCUUCUCUUGUCUCCUGGGUUGUUCUUUUCCUGCUCCUCUGGACCUUUUCUGAAGGUGGAAAGCUUUUGGUUGUACCUAUUGAUGGCAGCCACUGGCUCAGCAUGCGCCUGGUCGUGGAGCGCCUCAGGCAGAGGGGACACGAUGUCGUGGUGGUUGCGCCAGAAAUAAGUUUGCGGAUAGAUGCGUCGAUGCAUUAUACCAUGAAAACAUACUCUGUGUCUUACACCAAGGAGUAUGUGGAGGCUGAAUUUAAAAAGAUGGGCUACAGGAGUUUGACACCUCAACCCUUCUUGGAAAAGCUCUCAAGAGUAGCAAAUUUUACAACCAUGUUCUUCGAUUCCUGCAAACGCCUUCUGUCUGACAAAGAACUGAUCAAAUACCUUGAGGAAAGCAAGUUUGAUGCUGUCUUUAUGGAUCCUUUCUUUCCAUGUGGGCAGAUAGUGGCUGAAUAUCUCUCCCUGCCUUCUGUGUACUUUGUACGGGGCCUCCCAUGCAGCCUAGACUUCCAUGCUACUCUCUGCCCAAACCCUCCUUCCUACGUUCCCAGGUUCUUCACCCGCUACACGGACCGCAUGGUGUUCCUCCAGCGCGUGGGGAACCUCAUAGCUAGCCUGAGCAGUUCCCUGGCUUGCACUUUUCUUUAUUCACCCUAUGAUGCUUUGAUCAAAGAAUUCCUCCAUCAAGAGGCAACGGUGCUCGAGCUGUUCAGCCACGCAUCUGUUUGGCUCAUGAAAUACGACUUUGUGUUUGAGUACCCCAGGCCCCUCAUGCCCAACAUGGUCUUGAUUGGGGGCAUAGGCUGCACUCGGGAAAACAAAUUAUCCCAGGAAUUUGAAUCUAUUGUGAAUGCCUCUGGAGAACAUGGCAUUGUUGUCUUCUCGCUGGGCUCCAUGGUCUCUGAGAUCCCUAUGAAGAAAGCCAAAGAAAUUGCAGAUGCCUUGGGAACAGUCCCUCAAACGGUUUUGUGGCGAUACACGGGGCAGGUGCCCCCCAACCUGCCCAAGAACGUAAAGCUUGUCAAGUGGCUGCCACAGAAUGAUCUCCUGGCUCACCCUAAGACUCGUGCCUUUAUCACCCACGGAGGCUCCCACGGUGUUUAUGAGGGCAUAUGCAACGCGGUGCCCAUGGUGUUGAUGCCUUUGUUUGGAGACCAGAUGGACAAUGCCAAGCGAGUGGAGUCACGGGGAGCAGGACUGACACUGAACAUACUUGAAAUGACCUCAAAGGACAUCUCCACUGCCCUGAAAGCAGUUAUUAAUGACAAAAAAUACAAAGAGAACAUCCAGCGCCUCUCAGACCUUCACCUCGACAGGCCCAUCCACCCCUUGGACCUGGCUGUGCACUGGGUGGAGUUUGUAAUGAGACACAAAGGAGCCCCACACCUGCGACCUGCUGCUCAUGACCUCAACUGGAUCCAGUACCACUCCCUGGAUGUCAUUGCCUUCCUCCUCGCGGUAGUGCUCCUCUCCCUCUUCAUCUCCCUGAAGUGCUGCCUGUGCUGCUGCCGCAGGUGGUGCUGCAAGAAGGGAAGAACAAAGAAGCCAACCAAAUCCAAGACCCACUAGCAGAUUAAAACAGUGGUAGGAGAUAAGGUCUUUGCUCCAGAGCAGAAGGAUCAAAGAACAACUCAAAUUUCACUACAAUAA